GUCAAACAUCUACACUACUUCCACUCCCCUACACUAAGGCAACAAAAACCUUAUCCCCUGUCCCUCGUUUUGCGUUCUUUCGUUCGAAGGAACAAUUAGAGAUUGUAUCACAAUCGCGUUCAUCAAGUCCGAUUCCCAUCUUUCACCAUGCGUUAUUCCAUGACGCUGAUCCUUGCGGUCGUGUGCUGCUUCAUCGGCGGCUUCGUGGGCGCCGAGUGGUUCACCGACGGCGCCAACGCCUCGUGGUUCCCCCGCGAGACUGGUGUCGUUGCUCGCGCUGCUGUUCGCGCGGGUUGGUCUCCUAAGCCCACUCCGGCUCCUGGUACUGAAAAGCCGGAGGCAGAGCAGGUGUUGGAUGUUCUCCUUGGGCGGGAGAACGGCGACAAAGAUUGGGUGAAUAACCAGACCUGUGGUUGGGUUUCGGGCCCUUCAUCUGAUCCCUUCACUUGCGGAGAAAGUUCCACUUGUGCUACGAACUCUGACCAUGUUGUCGCCUGUGUAUCUGGCACUUUCUCACCAUUCUUCACUACAUGCGUGGAUUUCUCUGCGUACCAGAGAGGCUUUUGCGAGGACCAAGGAUCGGGGGCCGGAUGUUGCAUGGACAGCCGCUACGGCUCUUGCGCAACUUACCUCUGGACCAACGACCCUGUGCGCUCUAUGUACCGUUGCUCUAACGUCUCAACGGCCAUCACCAUGCUAGACGUUCCGCAGUUCGUAGUGGACGCUUCGCUCUCGGCCUCCGCAGUCCAGACUCCUACCAACAUCGAGCCCCUGAGUUCCGGCGUGUACCCCGGCAGCGAGCAACCAUCUCCCAAUACCAGCACAAUUAGCGUCGGCGCUAUCAUGGGUAGCGUAAUCGGCAGCGUCGUUGGUCUCAUCGUCAUCGGCUACAUGUUAUUAAGCUGCCGAGCUUAUCGUAAGAAAGCCAAGGCAGACCACCACAACGUUCAGAACCGUAUCGACAACGCCUUUCAACCCCCUCGCACUCCUCGAGUUCGAGGUCUCGCCAUGUCUGCUUUUGAGCCCGAGCCCAGAACCCCCACCGGCCAGCGCCAGCCUGAUACUUCGUCGUCCGUAUACUCCCAAGACUCAGCCACCCCGGUCACCCCCUCGCGCAGCGCCAACCGAGCCUCCGCCCCCGUGUAUACGCGCGUAUCUCCCGAGACUCCCCGCAUAGAGGCUCAGCGUGCCGCCCUUCUACCGGCUUCCAAUCAAUAUCAAGCCGCAAUCUCAGGCCCUCCUCGUUAUGAGUGGAGACAAAUGCACGUCCGCGCGCGACCCGAGAGUUCGCCUGUUCACGGGUACAACACCCCGCCUCCACGAUACUCUCUGUAUCCUACCGUUGAGACCCGCCUAAGCGCGGCUGACAUGCAAGCGGUUGCCGAGGGUCGCGUGCAUGCCCUCGUGCAGAACGAGGAAGACGCCGUGCUUUGGGUGAACAGGGAGCCUACCACCAGCUCCAUGAAUACUGAAGGCCCGACUGAGGCGACGCGUGACCUUAAGUAGGUACGAUGUAUGAGGCUAGAGUCUCUUCGUUGCGGUAUGGAGGUUGCCCUGAGUGUGAAGAGGUGUGGAUGUCUAUAAGACAUGCCGAGUGAACGAAUCUCGGCAGAGCUGGAAAAGCUGGUAUGGAAAAAGGAGAGAAAAUUCAAAUCAUAGGCAGGAUCUCACGCAGGCCUGUGGUCUCUAAUGACGCUUCUUGCUUCUAGUUCGUUUGUUGCGUUGCGUUGCGUUGCGUUUGAUAUGAGCAGGAGAACGGAGUAACAGAUAGACGAAGUCAAGUAUUCGGGGCUAGGAUGUAAUGUAUACUCGAGAUCUUUGCCUGCGUGGUUUAGACACGUAGGUCGUCAAAGAUCGCAAGAUCAAAGUCUCGUACAUAGGUCUCAAGCACGUGUCUAUAUAGG